AUUUACCAACUAAACAACUCAAAAACAAAAGAUAGCACAAAAAAGACCCAGGACUGCUGAGCAGGUAGAGUCAUUUCUUCUUCCAAAAGUCCAGCAGCUGGUCUCCUCAGUUCCUUCUAUCAAACUCAAAACAAGCUAAUAAUUUUCCUAAAAUGGUAAAUUUAUUGUCAGUUUAAACGUUUAAUAUGCUUUCUGUGUUCUGAAUAAAAUCUGGGCUUAUGAGGUUUUUGGGUCAUUGCAUUUUGUUUUUAUUAAGUUUUAAAACAGGGAAUUGGGUUAAAAAAUAGUCUUAAAAAAUCCACUUAAAUAAAAAAAGGCGAGUUUCUUCUUUUCUUAAACUUAAAUAAAUCCUAGAUUGUUUUCAGAGUUGAACAGUUGUUGUGUUAAUCGUGUGUUCAGUAGUAACCAAAAUACAAACUACAUACAUGUACUGAUAUAAAAAUUAAUGCUUGUGUAACUGCUGUCCCUCUGUGUGUGUGUGUGUGGUGUUCAUAGUUUGAGUACAUGGCUCAGCACUUGGUGUUUGCCAACUGCAUCCCCCUCAUUCUCAAGUUCUUCAACCAGAACAUUAUGUCUUACAUCACAGCUAAGAACAGCAUUUCAGUACUCGACUUUCCGUACUGUGUGGUGCACGAGCUCCCAGAGUUAACCGCAGAGAGCUUGGAAGCAGGAGACAACAAUCAGUUUUGCUGGAGGAAUCUGUUUUCCUGUAUUAACCUGCUGAGGAUCCUCAACAAACUGACCAAAUGGAAGCACUCCAGAACAAUGAUGCUGGUCGUGUUUAAGUCGGCACCCAUCCUGAAAAGGGCGCUGAAGGUCAAGCAGGCAAUGAUGCAGCUGUAUGUCCUCAAGCUGCUCAAAGUGCAAACAAAAUACCUCGGACGUCAGUGGAGGAAGAGCAACAUGAAGACCAUGUCUGCCAUCUACCAGAAGGUCCGACAUCGCCUGAAUGACGACUGGGCGUACGGAAACGAUCUGGACGCUCGUCCGUGGGACUUCCAGGCCGAGGAGUGCGCUCUACGAGCCAACAUCGAGCGCUUCAACAGCCGCCGCUACGACAAGAGCCACAGCAAUCCCGACUUCCUGCCUGUGGACAACUGUCUGCAAAGUGUUCUGGGCCAACGAGUGGACCUGCCCGAGGACUUCCAAAUGAACUACGACCUUUGGCUGGAGAGGGAAGUCUUCUCCAAACCUAUUUCCUGGGAAGAACUGCUACAGUGAGACUCGACCACCGUCAACAUUCUUGUAGUUUAUUCUUGUUUUGUUUUUUUUAAACAGUUUCAGCCAGGUGUCCAGAUGAAGCACCACCAGUGCUCUCACUGAUCAACAGAACUCUUCUCUGAACAGAACAUUAUGUUACACAUUCUGUAUAGACUGAAGGUAACGGAUGGAUUUUAUUCUCAGUUUCCAGCAUGGAGGAGUGUUGUCGGGGGUCCUGCUAAAUGCUUUUGGUGUUUGAACUUUUGCCUUUUGAGAAAUUUUGCAUUGUUAUGAUUUCUGUGUAGUUUUUAGCCAAAAAAAAGAUCAUCCUUUUGUACUUAGGUUCUCUGAGACUUCUCUUGCCUCGUUCCCAGUUUUUUAAUGAAAUAGCUGAUAAUGACCUCAGUGCUAAAACUCCAUUUGCGGACUUGAACUCUGCUCCUUCUUUACAUUACAGAUAUUUCCUCUGUGUGCCUCUUACCUGCUACUGUAGUUUCGCAACUCACCAGGAAGCACUACAUGACCACACUUUCACUUUUAAGUUUAAAUAGAGUAUUCAUUUUAGGUAUUAAGUGUUAGGCCAGGCUCAGCACAGUGAACACAUGAAUAAAACAUUCCUCGUUCCAUCUCACGAGUUCUUCAUCUUCAGAGAGAUGGAAGGAAAGGUCAGGAUUUCUUUAUGUACACUCAUGAUAGUCGGAUCAUUGCUCCUUUAACAGUUGGACCUUUUUGUUGCCCUGCUGGAUUUUCAGGAUGAUAUCAUAUCUGUUUUGCCUGACUAAGUGCUUUUUGCUCUGGGACCAUCAAUGAGGCUGAAUGGACAUUAAAAUCCCAGUCUAGACAAAAAACAAACAAGAAGCUCGUCAGCAUCUUCAUCUUUUUUGCUUGUGAAAGAAAAGAGUGUUUCUGGUCUCAUAAAUGUGGUUCUUGUUGCCUGGUUUUAUUCAUCAGACGGCUGUUUUUGAACAGAAGGGUACAACUGAAUUUAAAUUGCCAGUUACAGAACUGUUAUACUUCUACAUCUUUUUCAGAUAUUAGUUUCUUUGUUUUUAUUUAAACAUUCAGGAAAUGAAAGUACAUGUAAAUUACAAAGCUUAUUUAUCACUGCUUUUCUUUGUUUUAUGUUUACCUAAAUACUGUAAUAAAGACAUUCAUGUUGGA